AUGUUUUCAACGGAACUGUAUGCUUUGUUACGAGCUGUUGUAGAUGAAGACGUGGUGCCAGGUAAGCCAUGCGCUGAAUGCUUUUACGAUGGUUGUAACAAACAUCAAAGAAAUGAUGGACAGAGAUGGCCUCAGCACAGCCCAAUGUUUUACAAACAUCACAGUGAUGGCAGCGAGGAAGCUGACGUGGUGGAGUGUGUAACGAGUCGCUGUGAAUCAGUAUAG